UGGUUGGGAGGAUUUGGAAACACUUUUGUGGAUCCGCAAACCCUGAGGAAUAAUUGUCAGCUCCUGGUUUGCAGCUGCGGGGCUUCUCCCUCCCGGGAACAGGCCCAGGAUAAUAUUAGGAGAGGAUUUACAGACGGGAAACUCAAACCAAGCUUCAUGUCAUGAACUGACAGUCAGUCAGUUCACCAGGACCUGAAUAUCAUCGGCCUUUGAAUGUGGAAGAUGAAACGUUUGUCUGUUCUGUCUGUGGGAGAAGAUUUCAAACAUCAGUGUGACUGGAAAAGCACCAAGACACCACCACCAGCCCCCCACCCCCCGACCCCCUGAGUGCACUGACUGUGGAAGGGGUUUUAGCAAGUUACACAGCCUGAACAAACAUCACACCAUUUCCAGUGGGGAGAAACUAUACACGUGUUCUAUGUGUGGAUGAGGCUUCAACUGAUUGUCCAACCGGGAGAGACACAAGGAUACUGGUACCAUGGAGAAACCGUGGAAGUGCGAGGACUGUGGUAAAGGAUUCAGUUAUAGAUCCCGGCUGGAAUAUCAUCGACGCAGUCACACCUGGGCCAUCACAGUGGAAAAGCAAUGGAAAUGUGAGGACUGUGGUAAAGGUUUCGAUUAUCCAUCCCUGCUGGAAAACCAUCGACGCACUCACACUGGGGAGAGGCCGUUCAUCUGUUCCGUGUGUGGCAAGGGAUUUACUCAGCCUACCUGCCUAAUGUUACACCAGCGUAUUCACACUGAGGAGAGGCCAUUCAGCUGCACUUCCUGUGGAAAGAGGUUCAGGUCUUCAUCUGACCUCAAUCAACAUCAGCGAGUUCACACUGGGGAGAGACCGUUCACCUGCUCCAUGUGUGGGAAGGGAUUCACAAAGUCAUCCAACCUGGUUACUCACCAGCGAAUUCACUCUGAGGAGAAACCAUUCAGCUGCAUUUCCUGUGGAAAGAGGUUCAGGUAUGCAUCCGCCCUCGAAGAACACCAGCGAGUUCACACUGGGGAGAAGCCAUUCACCUGCUCAGUGUGUGGGCAGGGAUUUACUCAGUCAUCCAGCCUGGUGAGUCAUCAGCGAGUUCACACUGGGGAGAGGCCGUUCAGCUGCACUUCCUGCGGGAAGAGUUUCAAGCAGUCAUACGCCCUUGUUGAACACCAGCGAGUUCACACUGGGGAGAGACCAUUCACCUGCUCUGUGUGUGGAAAGAGAUUCACUGUAUCAUCCACCCUUAAGUCACACCAGCAAAUUCACAAUGAGGAGAAGCCAUUCAGCUGCACUGACUGUGGAAAGAGGUUCAGAUGUUCGUCUGCUCUCUCUGCACACCAGCGAGUUCACACUGGAGAGAGACCGUUCACCUGCUCUGUGUGUGGGAAGGGAUUCACUCGCUCCUGCAGUCUAGUGACACACGAGCGACUUCAUAAAUGACUGCAGGGGUUGGAUUUUGCUGCUAUCAAUCACAUCCUGGAUUGAUAGUCUGGGUUUGUUUCUGCUAUUGUUAACAACCCCUAUCACUGGCUGGACUUUAAUAUCCUGGAGAUGUCACUGAUUUUCAGGGUUGCAAUGUCCCUUUUUAAAAUCACUGUCAGUGAUCUUUCCCUUUAUCUCACCAGGAACUAUUAACAAUAAAAUUAUGAACUUUUACUUCAAUCCAAAAUUAAUCUUUGGUGCAAAAUCUACAAUUCAGUGUCUGGAAGGUUCCACUGAUUAACAUCUCUAAUCAGAAAAUGCUGAUUAAUCCUUGCUGACAAUUCUGACUUUCUUGCACAUUACAUACAGUGACAACUUCAUUCUGAAAUUAAAUUAUCAAGGAACUCUCAUGAGACAGACAUCUCUCAAUCUCCAUUUAAAUAUUUCCCGCAGCUUCCUGUCAUGGUUGAGUUGGACAAACUGAACGACACCCGACAAGGAUGCAAUUCCAGCCAAAAUUCUCAAGCACAGCAACUCCCGUUUACUGCUACAUCUUCAUGAUUUCGUUCUUCUCUGUUGGAAGGUAGGAUCCAUUCCAUAGGACAUGUGUGACACAAAAAUCAUCAUCGUACACAAAAACAAAGGUGACAGAGGAGAUUGCAGCAAGAGCUUUGUCCAGCAAAGCUCCUCAGUCUCAUUCACUCCUUUCAUAACUACAUACCCUGUACUGUACAGUUUGAUGGCUCCACUUCUGACAGUUUCAGGGUGAAGAAUGGAGUGAAACAUGGCUGGGUCCGAGCCCCCACUUUGGUAUUUUCUUCUCCAUGUUCCUGAUCUUGGCCUUCCCUGCAGACAUGGAAGGAGUUUCUCUGCAUACUCGAUCAGAUGGCAAACUCUACAACCUGUCCAGUCUGAAAGUGAAGUCAAAAAAAUACAGCCGGUCUCGAUCACACACCUCUGCUACAGUGAUGAUGCCAUGCUAGUGACUCACAUAGAAACUCAGCUACAAAGACUCAUGCACUGUCUCUCCCAUGUCUGUAACUUGUCCUCCCUUACUGUAAACAUCAAGAAAACUGUGGUUUGGGUCACAUCUCCACUCUAAAUAUCACACUAAAUAACACCCCGCUGGAAGUGGUCAGUGAAAUCUAUGACCUUGGGUCCACAGUGACAGACAAUCUGUUUUUCAAUGCAGAGCUCGAUACACGCAUAGGGAAAGCAGUUCCACUUCUGGCCGACUCACGGAUUGUCCAUGGAAUAACAUCAAGCUGCCUCUCAGCAGCAAGAUGCUGGUUUAUGAGGCCUGUGACCUCAGCACCUUGUUAUCUGCCUGUGAAACAUGGACGAUUUACAGUGAUCAGGAAAGGAAGCUCAACAACUUUCACCUUCGCUGUUUGCGACACAUUCUGGGCGUCUCAGGGACAGAAUCAGGAAUGCGGCAGUCCUCUCAAAGACAAAUCUCCCAAGUGUGCUGGCUGUCAUCAAGCAGAGGUGACUUCACUGGCUCGGGUAUGUUCACAGGAUGGAGGACGGUCAUUACAGUGACUUGGCAACAGGUGCCAACACUGAAAACAACAACCCACAACCUCACCUGAGAACCAUUUCAUAUGUGCCACCUGUGGCAGAACCUGCCUCUCACAGAUUGGUCUCUUCAGCCAUCAGUAAAAGUGAACCAUAUGAAGCUCCCCCAUCCCCAACAGUUUGAUUUGCUGCACGUCCACCAUCUUAUGUAGGUGGAAGGAUGUUGACAACAUCAGUAAAAGAGGAAGGCUGGAAUGGGAAUAGGAUCAUUAAGGGAUUAGGCAGGAUAAUACCACAGGGAACGAUAGAGAGAUGACAGAAAUAUUCAAUAAUUAUUGUGUUUCAGUAUUUACCAGGGAGAUAGAACAGGGAGAUGUGACAUUGAAUGAUGAGAUGAGUCAUGAGAUAAGUCAAUUUAAAGUCCAGAAAGGGGCUGUGUUAAAGAAACAAAUCAAACUCAAAGAGAAUAAAGUCUCGGAUCCAAAUGGAUUGCAACCACAGAUUUUUUUUAAAUCUAGGGAAGAGAUAGCAGAAGCCUCACUACACAGAUUUAAUCAUUCAUUAAAAAGGUGUAGCGCUUGAAGACUGGCAAAUAGCUAAUGCAACUCCUAUAUUUAAAAUGGUAGACAGAAUAUGCCCAGGGAAUUAUAGACCAGUCAGCUUCAUAUCCGUGGUAGGAAAAGGUGUGAGUCUGGGUGGAGCAGAGGAACAAAGGGAUCUCAGAGUGCAAACACCCCAAACAAUAAAAGCAGUGCCCCAGGUUAGCAAGGCCAUAAAACAGCAAAGCAAGCACUAGGAUUUAUUUCUAGAGGGAUAGAACGGAAAUGUACGGAAGUUAAGCUGAAUCUGUAUCAAGCCUUGGUGAGACCACACUUAGAGUACUGCUUAUGGUUCUGGUCACCAUAUUAUGAAAAGGAUAUAGAGAAACUGGAGGGUGCAGAGAAGAUUGACCAGGAUGAUACCAGCUGGUCUGCAGCAGAGUGGGAGAAAUGAUGUGAGGCUGGUUUAGGAGAGAGAUGAUGGAGAAAGGAGACAUGCAAGUGGGAACUCCACUCAAAGCGUUCUCACUUCUGACCCUUUAACCGGCCUCACCCACCACUCCCAGGCAGUACCUGACAGGCUGCCUCAUCUCCCACUCGCUGAGUCUGCCCCUUCCUCCUCCUCCUCCUCCUCUGCUAUGCAAUGUUGUGAGGGUGCAGCACAUCACUAUUAUUCUGGAGUCCCUGGCUGUCGAGUACUGAAGGUCACCUCCAGACCUAUCCAAACACCUGAAACACAUCUUCAACAUUGUGAUGCUUUGCUCGAUGAUGCACCUGGUGGUCAUGUGACUCUGGUUGUAUCAUUCCUGAACCUCACUGGUGUAGUUCCUCACAUGAGGCAAGUUUGAAGGGGGGUGUCCCUGCUCUCCAAUAAUCGGGUCCUUAAUUCCGGGUCCUGGAAUGAGCACAUCUGGAAUAUUGGAAUGUCAGAGUCUCAGGGCAGCUCCCAGAUCUGGGGGAUAAUGUUCACUGUUUUAUAUUCGGGUCUGGGGGAUAAUGUCCACUGUUUUAUAUUCGUGUCUGGGGAUAAUAUUCACUGUUUUAUAUUUGGGUCUUGGGGAUAAUGUUCACUG